UCACAGGUCAUCGUGCUACAGAUUUUCUCAUAACUCCACCAUUCCGCGUUUCAAGUGUGCAUGAAUUCUACCCCUGCUCAUACUACAGCUACACUACGGUACACCUCCUCACCUCGUGCGCGUCACCCGUCCGUGUGCCAACAUUAUGGCUGAUACAACUAACGAUACAGAGGCUUUGAUACCGGCUAGUAAUGGAAACAAUAACGAAGAACACGCCAAAACGAAGGAGGUAGGCAGUCACGAAGAACACGUAGAAGUCGAGAAAAACAAUGAACAAAAACAAGAUGAGGAAACUGAAAAACCAGAAGUCCAGACUGAUGUGAAGAAUGAUAAUGGAAAAGAUGGAGGUCAAAUAGAAAAUUGUGAUGCAAAUACGGAUGAUAAUUUGGUGAAAGUUAAAGAAGAAAAUGAUGUUGAAAAUGACACUUCGAGUAAGAAUGACAAUCAAACGGAUGAAAAAAACUCAGAUGAGGCGAAGGAUGAGGAAACAAUCCAAGAAACAGACGAUAAAGUAAAUAUCAAUGAAGCAAACGAAGACCAAACGAAUGAAUCCUCCGUCACGUCGACGUCGGAACCUGCUGAGAUGGGUUCUGAAACUAAAACAGACGACAAUACAAACUCAACACAAAACGAUACAAAUCUGGAAGAAAUGGAACCUGAAGAACUUAGGAGAAAAAUAAGCGAUUGCAUAUUAAAAUCAGAUACUCUUCAAAUUGAACUAGACAUGGCUCAUGCUAAAGUUCUUGAACUAGAAGACAAAGUUAAGACGAUGAGCGAAAAGAGGAAGAAAAGUUCAGAAUCUAUGUCCAGUAAUGAAGCUCGGGAAAAAGCGAAACAACGAGAUGGACUAGCUUUCCAAGCUGACUAUUUUGCGCGGGAACUAUCUCAGCAACAGAACACCGAAGCAUACCUGAGAGAAAAAUUAACCGAGACACUUGAAGAGAAGGAGGAAUUGGAAAGGAAGAAUAAAGACUUGCAGUUACGAUUAAAGAGAUUUACAAAGGACGAUCAAGCUAAAGACGAGAGGAUAGCAAGAAUGGAGAAAGAGUUGCAUGAUAUUAACACCGAAGUACAAGAAAUGGAAAAGUUGAUUGAUCAAUCGUCACUAGUUAAAAUUCAAGAGAUGCGACACAAUAGAACCUCAACCGCACCAAAUGGUGAAACUCUGCCUCAAGCUUCAGUCGGCAGACAACAAACAGCACCUUCGCCUACGUCAAAAACCUGCGUCAUAAUAUAAUGUUGUGUCAAUGCGGAUUCACUGUGAAAUCUUGAAUGCAACUUCAAGUUUAGAGUUGCUAAAAAGGACGAUUUGUCAUUCCUGCUUCUGGUUACUCUAUAGAUGUCGUGUUAUAUUGCAACAUUGACUACAUAUUAUGAGAAUCAUUGUGAUUGGCUGAGGGAGUAAAUGUCAUGUCUUCUGAAGUCUGCAAUGUGCUACUACAAGUGAAAGAUAUUAAAUUGUGACAGGAAAUAUGGAAAUUAUCCUAACGCUUCUAAAUAUUUCGAUCGUCGCGGUCGUCAUUAUCUUGUUAACCAUGAACAUUAUCAUAAACGCAUUUCAUAUUAUCUCUGACGUCAUAGGUAGAUGCAUUUUGAAAAGCGGUGCUGUAUAAGAUAAAACUUUGUUUCACGAACUCAAAUGCAGAAAACGUGAAAUUUGGUAAUACAUUGUAAAUAUGACUCAAAUUAUUAUGCCUGUUUGAACAAAUACUCUUGUUCGGAGAUAAAGAACAAAAAUGACUGUAUGACAUCAGUCUAAAAGAAUCAUGGUGGUGUAUGUAGGUAUACGAUUGAAUGACGGGGAGUAUUGGGAUGAGGAGUUGAUGAACGAAAUUGUAUUAUUUAGUCUCACCAAAGUGAUUAUUUUAAUUUUAUGCAAAAAAAAAA